ACCUAAUUUUAAAAUCAUUUGGUUUUGUUUUUAACAUAAAUAGUGUUAAUGAUAAUGUAAAUGACAAUCCAAUGUAUUUGAAGAUUGCUGUAUUGAGCAUUUGUUUAUUUGUUUUGCAACAUGUUAUCAGGCUCAUGUAAUGAAAUAUUUUUUAAAAUAAAUUUGGAUGUUUUAUUAUUGAUUUUAUCAUUUUUUAAUGAAGUAUAAACAAGUUGAAGAUGUCAAUAAUUCAAAUUGUCAAUAAUUAUUUUAUUAUCAAUAAUCAACAAGUUAUAAGUUAUGAGUUAUGAUAAUUUGAAUAAGUUGAGGUCUUCUUUGUCUUUGAAUCUUCACGUUUAACAAAUUGUAUUUAAAUUUAAGACAUCUGUGAGAACAAUUACCAUUACCUCACAAUUUUAUCCAAAAAAUGUUAAUCUGUUAAGCCUACACUUUGUCUAUGACUAUGUCUCACUCAUAAUAGUAUGUGAAGUAUGUGUCCUGACUUUAUGGACACCAGUAUACUGUCAGUAUAAGUGUAAGCUUAAAAAAGUUUAUGAUCACAUGUUAAUGAACAUUUUGUGAGAAGUGUUUAUUUUACUAUUAUUAAUGACAGUUAAUGGUGGUUCAAGGCAAAUAAACAUUCAGUUUUCAAGUUUAGCCUGAUGGUGUUAAUUCAGUGUUCCUUUAAUCUUUAAUUUUCAUGUCAAUCAGGGAUAAGUAUCACAUUUCAUCUGCAAUUUGCUAUAAUUAAUAUAUAAUAAUACAGCCUAGCAGGCACAGUCCUUUUUACUUAAGAACCUCUUAGACCUUCUUGAAAUGGGAAUGGGAAAGUGUUAAUCUAAUACUUUUAAGGGGGAUUGGGGGGGGGGGGGGGGGGGGGGUAUUAAAUUUUGUUUUAAUUUCCUUUUUUUAAUUUUUGACAAAUGCAGGCCCAAAACGAUCACUUGGCCCAAAUUAAGUCCUAAGUACUCUUCAAACCUAUUUAACUAAAUAACAAAAUUUGGUCUCCUUAACUCAGCUACUCAUUGGGAUUUCAUCUGCACUAUUAUCAGCACUAUCCAGGAUCUUGCUACCAGCUUGAUGGUAUAGGUUUGUGGUUCAUUGUAUUAUUACUGUAGUUUAUGGUCCAUUAUAAUAAUUUACUUUUUUCACGUUUCAUAAUUUUUUUGUAAAAUUUGUGACAUGUAUUAUUUCACAUGUAGUUGUUGCUUCUUUUUUUUUUUCUAAAUUAUAUUUAAUUAAUGAUGUGACUUCUGAUUUAUUGCAGAAUAUGGCUCUCAAAAUUUUCACACUCUACCGGAUGGGAAAACAUUCGUUACAUCUGUAAGAUUUGUAACAUUAAAUCAAUGUUUAAGAAAUCACCUUAGUCUUAGUUAAAUUAAUGUAAUAGUUUUCUGUUGUAUCCAUGAGUUGAAAUUGUUCUUAAGUUUUAAAAACUAUGCUUCCUCUUUUUUUUUUUUUUUUUUUUUUUUCCAAUCCCAUCUUCAUAAACUGAAUGAUUAAAAAUCAAGAAAUUGCUAUUGAAAUCUUAACUGAAAAGUUUGUGCAAGCUCUUGUUGUUUGGGGGGGCCUGUUUUCUUUGUGUUUCUUGGACAAUAGUUAAUAUUACGGCAUUGUCUUUUGGGUUGUACUUUGUUCACUAUAUUUUUUUUUUUUUUUAUAAAUUUUUGUUCUUUUUUUUUUUUUUUUUUUUUUUUUUUUUCCAAUCCCAUCUUCAUAAACUGAAUGAUUAAAAAUCAAGAAAUUGCUCUUGAAAUCUUAACUGAAAAGUUUGUGCAAGCUCUUGUUGUUUGGGGGGGCCUGUUUUCUUUGUGUUUCUUGGACAAUAGUUAAUAUUACGGCAUUGUCUUUUGGGUUGUACUAUGUACACUAUGUUUAUUAUAUCAUUUAACAGCAGGAGCCUCUAACCCCAAACCCCUCCUGAGAGCUGGAAGUGGGUCAUGGUAUUAGUAUUUAAUUCGAGAGUUCACUAUGAUUACUAGUACCCGGUAAUACAAAAAAAUUACAGUUAAAAAUUCUUUGAACAUUUUUGACUAUUCAAAAGUGAUACUGAAAACAAACAAUUACAAUUUUGAUAAAAGCUCAAUGAUUCUUCAAAUUUUUCAGCAAAUCAAAUGAUCAAAUCCUGUGAUUUAAAAAAAAAAUAAUUUUAGAAGGCCUAUAAUUAUUUUUUAUUUUUUAGUUUUAAACUAAAACUUCAAAUCUUGGGAGGGUGCCUGGAUGGCUGUGCUGACAAAAAUGUAUCAAUUCCUAACUUGCUGAUGAGAGUUCAAUUCCCAGCACAACCCAGACAAGCAAAGUUAACACCAGUGGACUAGCCUUAUCUCCCAAUAAGAAUCCCAGGCCUUUUGAUUUCAUUGUAUUGCAAACAUAAAACUUUUAGCAUUUGUUGUUGUUUUUUUUCCCUUUCCCCAUAUUAAUUUUGUUACCGGAAAAAUUCAAAAGCCAGCAGGGAGGGGAAUUUUUAUCCCCCCCCCCCUCCUUCCAUCCACUCAGAUUGGAAGUAUCUGAAGAGUAGCUGCUUCCUCCCCCCUACCUGUGUAGAUGCCCCUGGUUAACACCAUUAUGAGAUGAUGUGUUUUCAUUUCUAGUGUAACAGUGUACUCAGUUAGCAAAUCAACAAAGGUCUAAGAAAGUUAAGUGUUUCAUGUUCAUUAAAAUAUCAUUACAUGCAAAUAUCUCAAUACUUUUCAUCACCUUAUUUUAUGACAGGGUCUUAACAUGAAUCUGUUAUCCCAGAGUUUCCAAGCCCACUACAAGAAUAGCAAUGUCAGUGGUGCCAUUUACACGGUCUCGCUCAGUGAAAACUCGGCCAAAGUGGUGAAAUUAGACAUUAGGUCAGAUGGGAAAAGCUUUAAAGUUGGUACUUUCAGACCACACGGCAUAAGUGUAUGGCCAAAUAAUUAUACAGGUAUUGUUUAAGAAAAUAUAUUUAUCUCAUCAGAUUUUCUUAAUAUAUUAAAUGACCAUGCAUAAUUUCAUUUCCUGUUCAAGCUGUUAAUCAGUUUAAAACAUUAGAUCAGUGUUUCCCAAAGUGUGUUAUGCAUACCCCUGGAGGUACAGGAAGAGUUUUGGUGGGAGUAUGCGCUGCACAGGAAAAAAUACAUACUUCUUUAUUGUUAUUAAAGUAUAUGCAAUUUUUUUUUUUAAUGAUGGGUACUCAUUGACUCAUUGUUACAAAAAUUAUAGACAGGGGUACACAAAUGUCAAAAUUUUGGGAUACACUGCAUUAGAUGAUUUAAUUUUUUUUUUUCAAUGAUCACCAAUGAUUGAUACUCAGUUAAUGUCUUUAUUGAGGGAUGAUUAUGGUGAAGUUUAAAAAAUAAACAUAAUUGAGUCAGUGUGGUAAAAAUGAGUCAUGGAGUUGCCCUCUUGUGACUCUAGUAGAGGACAACAAAAACAACAUGAUUAGUACUUCAUGUGAUUGAUUGUCAGCUGGUAUUUGGACAUGUAGAGAGAGCAGUGCCUGACACACCGGGCAUCAUUUGAUGUACAGUUGUUAAAAAAAUCAGAUCCCAACACAAAAAUAUUGUGAACUGUGAAAGUAUCCUGGCAAUGUUAGUGGCCAGAGGUUGCGUUGUUUUCAUUUGGAUAAAUUGUGUUGGGAGGGUGGGGGGAGGGGAGCUUACAAGAUUAUAGAGAAAGGUGGUGUACACUAUAGAUAAAAUAUCCAUUAAUUGUAGAGUUUUUCCAACUAUUAUAUAUUUGUUAUAUAUUUAUAGUUAUAUAUAUAUAUAAAUAUAUAUAUUUAUAUAGUUAUAUAUAUAUAUAAAUAUAUUUAUAUAGUUAUAUAUAUAAAUAUAUUUAUAUAGUUAUAUAUAUAUAAAUAUAUUUAUAUAGUUAUAUAUAUAUAAAUAUAUUUAUAUAGUUAUAUAUAUAUAAAUAUAUUUAUAUAGUUAUAUAUAUAUAACUAUAUAAAUAUAGUUAUAUAUAUAUAUAUAAAUAUAUUUAUAUAUAUAUAUAUAUAAUACAUAUGUUGACUCCAUCCACUAUCAUUAGGAUCCCCAAAGUUUUGUUUAAAAAAUUUAGCGGAGAGGUAAUUAAUAUCGAGUGUCAAGUUAUAUUUAAUGUUGAUUUUAUAUAUUUCAAGUCAUGCGGGAUUGUUUUGUUUUUUUAAAUGUCCUAAAAUUUCAGUUAAGAAUCUACAAGUUCAGCAGAUUCUCUGUUCCCUUCUAGGUCAGCAUGUUGUCUAUGUUGUCAACCACCCAGCUGGGGAAUCUGACCGGAUUGAGAAGUUCCAUUUCAAUCAGAGCACUGGCAUUUUACACCAUAUAAAAACUUACACCAGCAGCAAACUUCGUUUGUAAGAAAACAACUUCAAGCAUUUGUUCGUGUCCUUCCCUAUUGGGAAUAAAUUUGUGUGUUAUUUGUUAAUUAAGACUCUGUGGUUCACUAUGGUGUUAAAGACACAUACUGUCUGUGCAUGCAACAAGUAUGGUCAAGCGUUAUUAAUAAAAUAAGACAAUAUGCUUGUGAACAUUAAUAAGCAAAACUUUACCAUGGUAGUUACGUACAAAAAUAAUUUUUACUUUUUGUGUCUUUAAUCUACAUUACAGGCUAUCCAUAUUCUCCCCACUUUCAGUGCUUAUCUACUUCAUGGAAUGGCUCCUUAAGCUUGAUCAGUACAAUCAUCUUUUAAUUACUUAUUAGACUGUACUUUGUUACAAACAUUAUAUGAAAAUUCUCAGUCGUUUCUCUGUAUCCAAUUCAUUCCAUUCAAUAAUGAAUGUGACAAAAGGGUUGAUAAACAUGUAUCCCAUCCUUGAAAUUACUUAAACUGAUGCAAUCACAAUUAAAGACAUAUUAUAAAAUAUAACAGACACCAAGGUCUUUGAUAUAAACACAUUUAAAGUUGUUGUUUUUUUUGUUUUUUUUAAAAGACUGAAACAAAUCCAUACUUUUAAUUUUAAAUGUUAUCUUUAACUGGAGCAGUGCUAUGUUGUGAUGAUAAGGACAUCAUGUUAGGAUGUAUCAGUUAUUCUGAAUAAACAUCGGGUCUGCUAAUUUUUAUAAAGUUUUAUUAUGAUCAUGGUUUCUAAACAUAAACGUUUAUUUUUUUAGCAUUUCCCAAAUUCUUAGACCUGAAUAGAACAUUUUGUAUAAAUUCUCUCUUCUGACUAAUAUAGUUUCUAUGAAAAUUCUCUCUACUGACUAAUAGUAAUGGUCUCUGUGAAACUUUUCUCUUCUGACUAAUAGUCUCUAUGAAAAUUCUCUUCUGACUAAUAGUAAUGGUCUCUGUGAAACUUCUCUCUUCUGACUCAUAGUCUCUAUGAUGUGCAGGCGCUGGGAGAAGACUCAUUUUACACAACUAAUAUCCUUUAUGAGCACAAAGUUAGAUUCUUCAUGCUGCUUGAGUUAUUUUCCCUGAUGCCUUGGUCCAGUGUUAUGAUGUACAGCGGAGAAACGGGCUACCAAGAGGUCAUCACAGGACUGACAAGUGCCACUGGUAUUGCCAUGUCAGGCUGUGGAUCGUAAGUAGCUAAAUGCCAUCGGACAUGAUUUUAAUUUUAUAAUUGUUUUUGGGCAGCCCAGUUUCCCUUGACCAGCCAUUGUACCUUAGCAAUAUCCUGUUUUACUUAAGCUUCUACGUGUACUUGAGCAUCACUCAACCUGAGAGUACAGAGUGUUAAAACAAAGAUAUCUUUACAAAAGGUUCAUUUGCAACAAUUUAUUUAACAAUUAUCAUAUAAGUAUUUUAUAAGCUAAAAAUGCAAGUUAAAAAUUAUUUUGAGACGGUUAAAUAUGAAAAACAAUUUGACUGUUUAGGCAGGUUCGCCUUUGGACAGCUGCAUUGCUUCCCACGAGGAUUGCUCCUCAAUAUCUGGAUAACCCAUCCAUUAUUUGUGUGGUUUGAUCGAUAGCAAACUAAAAUUUGAAGCACUUCCUUAAGGUUAUUCAGUUGACCUCUGGUUCAGUGAAAGCAUGAUAGCCUCUCAACCAAGUUUUACUGGGUUUGAAUUUAUCCAGCUCUUCCCACAGCCGGGUAAGUUGGAGUAGUCAGGCAGCUCUUCUUGGGCUGGACGUAACCUCUGAGUUAACAACUUAAACUACACGCUUGAAAGCACAACAGCUAACUUUGCAUGAAAUGAAUGCUCCUCUGUUUAUAAUAUGCUAGAAACCAAAAUAAUAAAGAUAGGUUUUAUAUUUUUAGAAAAAGCUUCAUUUGUUAAUGUGAUUUGUUUGCAUAUCUCAUCAGCUAUGACACAAUAUGUUGUAGAGCAUCAUGCUAUGACAAGUGGAUAGAUAUGGGUUGUUACUACCUUUAAUGACCUAUUACCUUUUCUCCACUCAGAUUCGUCUACGUUUCUUUGAGCCUUAGUUCUGAAAUACGAGUGUAUGCACGACAGAAAGAUAAUUCUCUGACUUUACAACAGGUUGGUCAUGUAUCUUUUAAAUGACUUACUUUCUACUCACAAAUUCAUCAGGUUAGUCUGUCCAUAUAUCCAGCAUUAUUUGUUAUUGUUUACCCUACAAUUACACCUCUUGCUGACCUUACUCAGCAUGGUCAUCUAAGUUGCUGACACAGAGUGGGUGUUAUGAGGGCCGUUUCGAAGGUUGAUUGCGAAAAAGAUAAUCGUGUGGAUAAGUCACCUAAUUCUGGAUUUUUGUAAGCAUACUUUGUUUAAAAGGUAAAUAAUUAUUAAAAUUUUAAUAAUAAAAAUUAGAAAAUAUAUUUAUUUUUUUUAAGUAGUAAAUAAUUUAAAUAACAUUUCUUAAAAUGCAUUACGCAAAGAAAGUCUGUGAAGAAAAAAUUUUUGUUUAAUUAAUAAAAAUAAAACGUAGAUUUUAUCUACAUUUAAUUCAAAUCGCUUGGCUUCAUAUAGUGCCUUACUAACCUCAUGCAAAUACUUGUUAAGAAAGUUUUUUUAACUAAUUUGAAGUUGUAUAUAUAUACAUAUAUAUAUAUAUAAUAAUAAUAAUAAAGUUCAUUUCAAAAACACGCUUCAUCCCCAAAGGCUCGAAGCGCUGUACAAAGUCAACAAAAAACAUAUCUAUAAUUUACCACAUUUAAAACAAACGCAACACUACAAAAACUAAUUACAAGCAUACAAUCUCAAAGUCUUUCUUUAUAUGUAUAUGCUGACACAAGUAAAAGCCAAUGAUGCUUGAAUGGAGGUAUUGGCAAAGGGGUAUUGAAGGGACCUCUUACCAGACUGCAGAAAUCAUAAAGUUACAGUAUAUAUGAAUAAAACAUAAAAUAAUUUGACCAUUUAGAAUGGAACCUCCCAUCCUGGAAUUUGAGGAUAAGGGAUGAUGAUAAUGUCAGCAAAGUUUCCUCUUUGUGAGAUUUUUUUUUGUCACAUACUGACUGCAAUAAGAGACAAGAAAUUAUAAUGAUAAUCUUAUGUUUGUCUUGAUAAUCUUAUGUGUGUCUAUGGACCAUGAGAUUAUCAUGCAGCCCUUAAGCCAGUUUGAAACCCCCUAGUUUAAGUCAACACACACUAUGGUACCGGUAUGUGUAUGUAUUGUUAGUCGGUUGUAUACAUUUUAAUCAACUGUUUUCUGCAUCCUGCACACUAUAUUCACAUUGUUGUGUCUACUGUUCAGUCCAUGUGAAUCGAUACAAUAAACAUUGUUAGGUCAUAUUAUUGGCUGCUGUACCCACUAUACAAAAUUUCUGGUUCACAGUCCUACCCACUAUAUACGCAUCCAGACAAUGUGGUUCUAGACCCCACAACUGGAGACCUGUUCAUAGGCUCUCAUCCCAUUGCCUACCAGUAUCUCAAACACUUGGACAAACCUAAGAAGUUUAAGGCAGCAUCACAGGUAUGCAUACUCAUUGAUAGUUGGAUAGUGUGUGCGCCAGUUCUUUGAAAUUUCUUUCACUCACUUCAAUGUUUACUAUUAUAGUAUUAUUUAGCAUACAUAAAAAGCAGAUUUAUAAGCCUAUAUUUCUGUAAAAGUCUCUAUUUCUAACUGCUGCUACUCUUCUGAUGUAACAAAAUUAAUUUGACUAUUACAUUACAAGCAUCAUAUGGCUUUUGAAAUAUUAGUUGUAGUUGUAUCACUAUCAGCUAUGUUUCUAGUGCUUUGUAAGCUCAAAGUAAUAUACCAGUUGGUACCCGGUAUAUCAGUAUAAGUAUUAGUGAAAAGGACUUUAUUAUAUAUAAUUUUUGCAAAUAACAAAAAUGCAUUUAUGGAUUGCUAUUUGCAAUAGAUUUCUUUUUAAACAAAAAUACUUCGCCAUAUUAAAAUCAGAAUGAGCACCCUCAUCAUCUACUUAUAAUUCAAUAUAAUCAUGUCUUCAGAUUGUAAUGUCAGGCCUAUUUCUCGCCUCUGAUGUUUUCAACAUGUGCAUUUCAAAAUAUCCAAAGGUGCUGCACCUACGAACCGCUGAGGGAAUCAUAACUUCAGCAACAGAACUUUUAUACGAUGACGGCGACCUCCUAUCUGGCUCAUCAGCGGCUGUUGUUUACAAUAAGAAAUUACUUAUAGGCUCAGCUGUUGAGAAGUUAGUUUUGUGUGAAGUCAGUGUUCCGAUUUGAGAUGGUUUCUUUUGAACACCAUGCUUGAUGAUUUUUGAGACACCCAUUAAUCUUAGUUCAACAUCAUUCUUAAUGAUCUUUAGCUUCAGUUUGGUCUGAUGACUUCAUAGGUAAGGCCAAUUCAUACUGGCACACUUUUAAAUUUAAAAUUCGAAAAUAAUAAAAAUGUUAGGAAAAUGAAAUCUGUAGACUCACCACCAUGAGCCUAUCCUAUGAAGUCUCAGAGAUGUGUGAUUCUGUAGCUAGAAAAAAAAUAAAAAUGAAAGGGGUGUAUCCAAAACAAUUUGGACCCCUUAGCAUGUUUUCCUGAUUGAUGCAUUUAGUCACUACCACCAGGAAUAAUUAUAGGAGCCAGAAUGAUCAAUACAUUGACCGUGGGCCCUCAAAAUAUAGAAGAAGAAGAACAACAACAAUCACUGACAGCUAUCUGCCGAUGGAGGACAAUCCUAAGACCUCUUGGAGGCAGCUAAAGUUCCAGGCUAAACAACUGAUUAAAUCUUUAGUAUCAUCAAGCAGUGAAUCUCUUAACAUGCCAAGGAAUUGCUUGGGUGGCAAGACCCUUUAGCACCAAACAACUGCCGACCAUAAUGUUCAGCCUUCUCAUAUUUUCUGUAGCACUUUCAAGCAUCCUUUUGUUGUCUCUCUGUUUCUACCUCAGUGCAUUUUUGCCACUACCAUGGGACAUUGAUGACAGAAUUUUCCACCUAAACAGUUAACAAAGGCUCGUUGCAAGGUGUUGAGUCUGAGAAAACAAAAUAAUGUCCAUCAAAAUUGAAUUAAAUGGCAAAAAAUAUUUUUGUUAAUUCUCUUUAUUUUGUGCUGUCACAUUGUAACAGUAACAGAAUGUUUUAGAUUUUUUUCUUUAAAGAAAGGUCUUUAGUUAGUUCAAAAUAAUUAAUACUUAGGUAUUUUUCAUGAAAUUCAUCCAU